AUAUUUCGCUAUCAGUGGCAACAGGAGAGGCGGGAAAAUAUUGUCCCGUGGGUAAAUUGCUUCCAAAGGUUCAUGCUGUCAUCAUGGAUGAACACCAAAACGUCAAAGCUAUUGGAGAACCUGGAGAGAUCUACAUAGGCAGUCCAACACUGGACUUGAACCAACCUGGCCUGAACGGGACACGCUUGAUAGAGCGACCGGCGCAUGUGAGUGCGUGUGUGGGACAGAGACUGUACAGGACCGGCGACUGGGGAUUCCUGCUCAGCGACCGCACCCUGCACGUACAUGGUCGUUGCGACACCACUGUGCGCAUUCGCGGAUACUCCGUCCAACUGCAGGCUAUAGAGAGGACAUUACUAGAUGUGGCGAUGGUGAGUUCAUGCUGUGUGCAGGCAUAUGGAGAGGAAGGCACUGACAAGUAUCUAGUCGCUUACGUUGUUCAAGAACCUUCAACCAAAUUGAAUGUUGGUGAAGGGGGCCAAGCACAGAACAAACUGCGCAAUCUGCUCAAAGAGAGGCUGCCUCUCUACAUGAUACCGUCCAAAAUCAUCCUCCUUGACAAAUUUCCGAUUGACAUGACUAGCUUUAAACUGGACAAGAAGAAGCUAGCUGAAAGCGAGAAGGGUGUUGAGCCAGGCUCGCUUCACUUGGAUGACCAGAGCAUGUCACCUACUGAGAAACUCAUUGCAUCGGUCUGGUGCAACUGCUUGAAUCUGAUGACAAUCGAUGUUAGCGAGAACUUUUUCGACUUGGGAGGACAUUCAUUGGCAGCCACUAGAGUAGUGAGUGAAAUCAAUGAGAAACUCAAUAAAAACCUGGACACCAGCUCAAUAUUCUUGUACCCAACUGUACAGAGUCUGGCGAAAUUUGUGCUGGGAAAUGGAGGCAGUGAGAAUAUCAAGUUGGUUGAAGAGUUGGACUCCAUUCAGAUGUCUCACCCCUCAGACCUUGAUUCCAAACUGAGAGCCUUCAGGGAAUCAUUGAAAUUGAAGAAAAAUAAGUGCAAUUUUGGAAAUAUUCUAAUAACUGGUGGAACAGGAUUUCUCGGAUCACACUUGAUCAGUGAACUGCUUAACAAAACUCAGGGUCUCAUAUACUGCAUUGUUCGGAAGAGUCCAACAUGCUCAGCAAUGGAGAGAGUGAUUGAGGCUCAGAAACGUUUUGGAUUGCCUGAAGUCGAUGAAAACCUUCUGGAAAGAAUCAUUGCAAUUGAAGGUGACGUAUCUCUGCUGAAUCUGGGCCUCUCAGAUGAUGCCUACAAUCUCCUUGCACCAGAAAUUGACUUUAUAAUUCAUGCGUCAGCUAAAGUAAAUCUGAUAUUUCCUUUUCACUCGCUCUACAAGGAUAAUGUGAUGGCCACCAAAAAUAUCAUUCAGUUUGCUCUACACAACAAAGUCAAGCCCAUACAUUACAUAAGUACAAAUGCAGUAUUUGCCGACGGUAUGGUGGGUUGCGGUGAGGACAGUGACAUGUUUGCACAUGUGGAUCGUCUUCAAAGUGGUUACGGCCAAACUAAAUGGCUGGCCGAGCAACUUGUGUUGCGCGCUGCUAAAUCUGGAUUGCCAUGUGUUGUUUACAGAUUUGGCAAUCUAUCAGGCAGUACUAAGAGUUGGAAUCCGUCAGAUUUCACUCUGCACAUGAUCCAGGGUGUCAUCAGAACUGGGGCAGUGCCUGACAUCAAAUGGAAGAUUGAAAUGAGGCCAAUUGAUUUUGUACAAGAAAUGUUUGUGGAGUUGUUUUUGGAUCUGGAUAACUCAAUGGGAAAAAUCUACCAUUUUGUGAAUGAGGACCAGCUUCCAUGCGAGUAAGCAAACUGAUUUCUCUCUCUUGAUUUUA